AAAGCUUUGAAGAGCAUAGAUUCUCUCAAUUGUUUAAUUGCGCAGCAAAAAGUUCAAGACCAAAGCCGCAAACCCCACGCCUCGUUGACAGUUUAAACAAAACACGAAUAAGAAAAAGAAGAAGAAGAAGGUGCCAGAGGUGAACGAGACACCUAAAAGCUGCCCCUGGGUGAAAGUCAUAAAAAAGUGCAACAUUGUUGUACAUAUGGCUACAUAGAAAAAGAGAGGUGCAUUAGAGAUAGGGACCACAGAGUGUGACAGAGAAAGGUAAAGAAAUAAUUGCAUUUCUGCAACCAAAACCACCCACAUCGACGGCGCCAUGUCCGAUGACGAUUUACGCGCUCUGGUGGAAAGUCUGGAUGACGCCUCACCGGAGCAUAUUGCCAAUGCCAUAGCCAACUUUUCACUGGACAUGCUGGAGAGGGCCAGUACACUAAUUGGAACCCAGCAUCACCAUCGACAGCAACACCAGCAGCAACAACAACUACAACAACAACAACAGCAAAAUCAACAGCCGCCGCACAGUGGGGCGCUCAUCAUCAAUCGCACACUGGAACAACAAUGCAGACAGCAAACUGAGUUCGAGGCCAGCCAGCAAGGGUUGCCACAAAGCUGCCUCACCUCAUUUGAUUCGGUUCUCUGUUGGCCACGAACAAAUGCCGGAACAUUGGCCAUUCUACCCUGCUUUGAGGAGUUCAAGGGGGUUCAUUAUGAUACCACAGAGAAUGCCACCCGCAUGUGCUUUUCGAAUGGCACAUGGGACCAUUAUUCCAAUUACGAUCGUUGCCAUCAGCAAUCGGGCUCAGUUCCUAUAGUGCCAGAUUUUUCACCCAGUGUCGAUCUGCCAGCCAUUAUCUAUGCCUGUGGUUAUUUUAUAAGUUUUGCCACUCUUGUGGUGGCUCUCAUUAUAUUUUUAAGCUUUAAAGAUUUGCGUUGUCUGAGAAAUACGAUACAUGCGAAUCUGUUUCUAACCUAUAUAACCUCAGCUCUAUUGUGGAUUCUCACAUUGUUUCUGCAAGUGAUUACCACCGAAUCUAGUCAGGCUGGCUGCAUUACUUUGGUCAUAAUGUUUCAAUAUUUCUAUUUGACCAAUUUCUUUUGGAUGUUUGUGGAAGGUCUAUAUCUGUAUACAUUGGUAGUGCAAACAUUUUCCAGCGAUAACAUAAGUUUCAUAAUCUAUGCUCUUAUUGGCUGGGGCUGUCCGGCAUUAUGCAUUCUGAUAUGGUCCAUAGCCAAGGCGUUUGCUUCACAUCUCGAAAAUGAGCAUUUCAAUGGGUUGGAAAUUGAAUGCCCUUGGAUGCGCGAAUCUCAUAUUGAUUGGAUAUUCAAAGGUCCCGCUUCAGUGGCCUUGCUUAUCAAUCUAGUUUUCCUUAUACGCAUUAUGUGGGUUUUAAUAACCAAACUACGUUCCGCUCACACGCUCGAGACGCGACAAUAUUAUAAGGCCUCCAAGGCAUUGUUGGUCUUGAUUCCAUUAUUUGGCAUAACAUAUUUGUUAGUUUUAACUGGGCCCGAACAGGGCAUAAGUCGCAAUCUCUUUGAGGCCAUUAGAGCCUUCUUGAUAAGCACACAGGGCUUCUUUGUGGCCUUGUUCUAUUGCUUCCUCAAUUCGGAGGUGCGUCAGACACUAAGACAUCGUUUUGUACGCUGGCGCGAGAGUCGAAAUAUACAUCGCAGCAGCUCCAUGAAGAAUCGCAGGCAACGCACAUCCAAAGACUACUCGCUGCGGUCGCGAACCGAAAGUCUACGACUGACUUCCACAAGUCCCGUGCCCAUUGGACACUAUGAAUGACUCCAAAUGCCAUAAAUCUACACCUACACCAACAAUAUGUACACACACACACACACACAAUACCAGAGAGAUUUCCUUUUAUACUAUUAUAUAUAGAUUAUUAAACCCCCCCAACCCCCAUGUCCUGUAAAUAUAUCUGCAUGUUUUUUAUGUCUUUAAGUCUACCAAAAUGUAAAGUAAAGUAAAGUAUUAUUUUUUAUACCAAAAACACGAAAAAGAACAAAGAAAU